CCCCUUUUUCUUUAAGAUCCAUUUCAAACGCAUCUUCAGCAAAACAUCACUGAACAUGUACCAGAAUAAUCUAUUCACUGCCAUCACUUACCUCUCUGCAUUGUCACUCUCUCUACCAGACUUUCAGUUCCCUGAGGUGGGGGCCUUGUCUUUGAGAAAUCUUUUACUCCUUUAUUCAUUGAAUGACAUCUACCCAGUGCCUAUUAGGUGCAGAGACAGUGCUGGGUGCUGGAGAUACAAUGAGAAGUACACCAAAGUCACCAUGAUUGAAGACAACAAGGAAAACAAAGACCAUGCUUUAGAAAGAGGAAGAGCAACUCUGAUUUUUUCCUUAAAGAAUGAAGUUGGAGGCCUUCUGAAAGCACUGAAAAUCUUCCAGGAGAAGCACGUGAACCUGCUACAUAUCGAGUCCCGAGAAUCCAAGAGAAGAAGCUCGGAGUUUGAGAUUUUUGUUGACUGUGAUAUCAACAGAGAACAACUGAAUGAUAUUUUCCACCUGUUGAAGUCUCACACUAACGUUCUGUCUGUGAAUCCCUCUGAUCAUUUUACCGCGAAGGAGGAUGGCACGGAAACGGUCCCUUGGUUCCCAAAGAAGAUCUCCGACCUGGACCACUGUGCCAACAGGGUUCUGAUGUAUGGCUCUGAACUAGAUGCAGACCACCCUGGCUUCAAAGACAAUGUCUACCGUGAAAGACGGAAGUAUUUUGCAGAUUUGGCUAUGAACUAUAAACAUGGGGACCCCAUCCCUAAGGUUGCGUUCACCGAGGAGGAGAUUAAGACCUGGGGGACCGUGUUCCGAGAGCUGAACAAACUUUACCCAACCCAUGCCUGCAGAGAGUAUCUCAAAAACUUACCUUUGCUUUCUAAGCAUUGUGGCUAUCGGGAAGAUAACAUCCCACAGUUGGAAGAUGUUUCAAACUUUUUAAAAGAACGCACGGGUUUUUCUAUCCGUCCUGUGGCUGGUUACUUAUCACCAAGGGAUUUCUUAUCAGGUUUAGCCUUUCGAGUUUUCCACUGCACACAGUAUGUGCGGCACAGUUCAGAUCCCCUCUAUACCCCAGAGCCCGAUACCUGCCAUGAACUCUUAGGCCACGUUCCCCUUUUGGCUGAACCUAGUUUUGCACAAUUCUCGCAAGAAAUUGGCCUGGCAUCCCUUGGAGCGUCAGAGGAGGCUGUUCAGAAACUGGCAACGUGCUACUUUUUCACUGUGGAGUUCGGGCUGUGCAAAGAAGAUGGGCAGCUGAGAGUCUUCGGUGCAGGCUUGCUGUCUUCUAUCAGUGAACUCAGACAUGCACUUUCUGGACAUGCCAAUGUAAAGCCCUUUGACCCCAAGAUUACCUGCAAACAGGAAUGUCUCAUCACAACUUUUCAGGAUGUCUACUUUGUGUCUGAGAGCUUUGAAGAUGCAAAGGAGAAGAUGAGAGAAUUUACCAAAACGAUUAAGCGCCCAUUUGGAGUGAAGUAUAAUCCAUACACACGGAGUAUUCAGGUCCUGAAAGACACGGAGAGCAUCACCAAUGCCAUGAAUGAGCUGCGGCAUGACCUGGAUGUCGUCAGUGGCGCCCUCGCUAACGUCAGCCGGCCGCUGAGCAUCUGACUGUGUCCUGUCCUAAUCCUGAGAGCAUCUGAGCAUCUGUGCAGAGGCCUGGGGGCCAACUCUUGCUUUUCUUGAAGCCUUGGUCAUGGGCCGUGGGGGGCGGGGGGGGUAGCAGCCAAACAAUGUUUUCUACUCCCACUUCUUUUUUAAAGUAUAUUAUCUAGAUUAUCUUUUUCAAAAAAUUAUUUUAUUG